AUGUCGCUUUACUACGAGGCAGCUUCAGUGCUGGCCAACUCCGACAACGCCGGAGGUUCUUUGAAGUCUAGACUAUAUAGACAAACCGAUCUAAAGAGUUCGCCCGCCCAACUGUUUGCUCUGAUCAGCGAAGCAUCCAAGUGGUCAUUGGUGCUGAAGGAUGUCAUAGAAAAAUGCGGUCUUUUACGUGAAGAGAAGAAACUUACUCCUAUCCUCGCCUUGCUACUUUGUCAUGACCUGAUUGUCUCCAAGAACGGUGUAGCUGCACCUGCCAACCAUGUUCUCAAGCUUGCAAUCAGUAGACACAAAGCUAGGCUGAGUGCCGAGUUCACCAAAGCACGCAUUCGCCGCGGUUAUCCAACCCUUGAAUCAUUCAGAGGCGCUGUGAAUGAUGGAGCGCUGGAAGAACAGCCGUCUUCUGGUGUGAAAACAAAGCAUCCUCGCUGGAUCCGCGUGAACACGCUCAAAACCAAUCUCGAGGAACUCAUCACGACAAACUUUGCGGAAUACGAGAAAGCAGAGACUUUGAGCCAAGUCAUGGCGGCUUCGGGCUCGACAAAGAUAUACUUCCGAGACCCUAACAUUCCAAAUUUGCUGGCCUUCCCUCCCAAAAUCGACAUCAGCAAGUCCAGCGUCUAUACCAGUGGCAAGAUCAUACUCCAAGACAAGGCUUCUUGCUUUCCAGCCUACCUGCUGAACGUUGCUCCUGGGGAUGGGGACAUCAUUGACGGGUGUGCGGCUCCCGGUAACAAGACCACACAUCUGGCUGCCUUGGUAUCAAGCUGUACAUCCGACAAUCAAAAACCAAGCAAAGUUAUUGCAUUCGAAAGGGACAAGACAAGAGCCAAUAUUUUGCAGAAGAUGGUCAAGUUGGCGGCUGCGGACGGGAUCACUUCAGUCAAAGCCGGCGCAGACUUCUUGGCAGCUUCGCCUGGUACCGAGGAGUUCUCCAAUGUGGGCGCUAUACUACUCGACCCAAGUUGUUCCGGAAGUGGGAUCGUAGGACGCGACGAUUCAGUUCAAAUGCACUUACCAGACGCUUCUUCCCAGUCUGCUGCAGUGCCGGGCUCCCAGAGCUCGAAGAAAAGAAAGCGCACUGAUCCAUCCAAACCCAAGGUCGAACCGACUACAGCAGUCAAUUUUGCAUUAGAUGAUUCCGCGAAUGAGGAAACACCUUUGGAGGAGGACAAGACAUCUGAGCGCCUCACUGCUCUCUCCACAUUUCAACUUCGCAUACUUACUCAUGCCAUGCAUUUUCCGAAUGCCCACAAGAUCACAUAUUCCACAUGUUCGAUUCAUUUUGAAGAGAACGAAGGGGUGGUUGCACGAGCGUUAGCCUCGCCUGUAGCGCAGAGCAGAGGUUGGCGAAUCCUUAGCAGAGCUGAACAGGUGGAUGGACUACGUCAGUGGCAGAGGCGUGGGCUAUGGGAGGACGAGAAAUUCGGAGAGCAAGCCGAGCUGGAUCAUGAUCAAAAACAGCUGAUCAGCGAUGCAUGUAUUCGCUGUGAAAAAGGCACCGAGGAAGGCACCAUGGGUUUCUUCGUCGCGGCCCUCGUGAGGGAUGCAGGCCCCAAUUUCAAUUCAGGCACUGCGACACUGCACCAUACUGCAGACGACAGCGAGGAAUGGAAGGGUUUUGACGAUGUAGAUGUCACGGAGGACAAACCUAUUAGAAGUGUAUCACCUACGUCGCAACAUUCAAAAAAGAAGAGAAAGAAGGCGCGCAAAAACAGGGUUUAA